AUGGCCCCGUGCAAACAUGCAAACCUGUUGCUCGAUGUAUCACCAAACGCGACCCAGGCUGGAUUCGCGCGCCCACCGGCCGCCAAGAGAAGAGCAGCAGCAUCCCUUGCCAGCCGCAAAGAACCAGGCACGGCUGCUGAAGAAGAAGCCCAAAAUCUCGCUGGCACCUUUCCAGGUCCCUUGGUCCUCCCAGAUGACCUGCUGUCCGUCUACCCCAAAGACCCCGACUCUGGGCAGACAGUCAAGGUCUGGCAAAGGUCCAAACACCGCAACCGCCUCAACGCCGGCACCCCCAACACCAUCCAUGUUGCUGCACCACCCUCCUACUCCCCCAAGAUGAAGCACAUGAGGGAGUGGAUCGUCCCCCUCACCGCCACCGAGGGGGAAGAAGACGUCAGCCCGCCGAAACCAAAAGACCUAACCGAUUACCUCUCCGCCUACUACCACCCUCUCCCCGUGACCCAAACCCCCAAUCUCACCUGGAUCCCUUGGGAAGAUGAUGAUCGCCCACCAAACGCUACAAAGGACGAAAAUAGGUACAUCGGCCUCAAGCAAGGCCAGAACAUCACCCGGAUCCGCACCCGCCCCUGCCCCGACGGCGCCUACGAGCGGCAGCUGAACCUGAGCGACAUUUUGGACGGGCUGCUGCACAUGGUCAAGGAGAUCCACCCCCGGUACGCGCUUGUGAUGAUGCUUCAUCACGAUCUGUACGAGGACGAGACGGACGAUUUCUGCUGCGGGAGGGCGUACGGCGGGAGCAGGGUUUCGGUUGUCACGUCGAGUAGGUAUCAUCCUGGGCUGGACUGGUACCAGGAGAUUGAACGGGCGCACAUGUAG